AUGCUUGCCUCCUCCAACAACGAGCUCGCUGUCCUUGACGAUGUCAACAGCAAGGCGCGCCUAUAUUGCCGCCAACAGUACAGUGUCCAGAUCAUACAGCUCGUCGAGGGUCCUCCACCGCCUCGGCAGGCCGUCAACGACGAAAUCUAUGCUUCGUCAUCCUCAUCUUAUGCAUCUACCUCCCAGUCAGAGGGCUCCUCUCUCUGUGAAGACGGCGACGAAGAGUCAAUAGGAUCAUCCUACUGUUCAUCCGAUGACUAUCAGGAGCAGGGCGCAUCCAGUCGCGAAUGGAGCGAGCCCGGACAUGAGCGGAGCGGCGGCCCAAAUUCUCUCCGGAUGAAGCGAAUCCUCGCCUGGAGGGCGAACUUUUCGACUCAUUAUCGCACGAUGAUGGCCGAUUCAGCUCUUUCUGCACCGCUCAAGCGGAAAUCCGACUCUGCCCUGUAUACCAAUGAGCAUACAUUGCCGCAUACUUCUAAGCGGUCUCGCUCCUCAUCUCGCAGCGAGAUGAGUACUAGCGCCAUCUCCUGCGCCGCAUGCGAUUCUUUUUUCGAUACUCAGCAGAGUCUCCGGCGGCACGGACAGGCCAAGGGAGCCAGCGAGGCAUGCUCGGUCGCCGUCCAAUACGCAUUUGAAUAA